AGAACAACUUUCAUACUUCAUACUUCAUACAACUUUGUUAAAUCACUUUCGCCGCCUCGUUUGCUAAUAAGUCGAUUGUACUAGACAGAUCUAAGAAAUUUAAAUAUGUUUCAGGCAAACAGCAAGCAAGAUUUUAAUGUGUUCGAUAUUAGCUACCAUAAGCCGCUUAAACAGUAUCUGUCAAUUUGUGGAAUAAAUCCGUAUCAGGAAGAUCGUACCAGUAAUAUUAUAGUAAUUGCAAUAAUGUGCAGUUUUAUAAGCUUCUUUGGUCCAACGUCUAUGCAGCUAUACGAUGCCAUACGUAACAAAAAUUUCGAUAACGUUAUCCUGAAUUUACCGCACAUACUUACAGUACUUGUCAGUGUUACAAAAGUACUAAACAUCUAUUCCAACAAAACGCUGUUUAGAAAAUUAUUUAAUUCCCUGGAAGAAGAUUGGAAAUUACUGGAAUCAAAAAAUGAAUUACAAAUGCUAGAUAAAUUUACCAAACACGGCAAUAAACUUGCAUGUCUGUACAGAAGAACGUUAUUAAUAGCUCUCGUAAUAUUUUUGUCCCUUCCAUUAUGUAAUCCCGUCCUAGAUAUUAUUAUACCAUUAAACGAAAGCCGACAACGAAAUAAUGUAUUUCAAGUUCACUAUGGUGUCCUAGAUAACGAAGAACAUUUCUACAUCGUGUAUGUGCAUUUAUCUCUUUGUGCGAUUAUUAUCGUGGUGACGAUAAUCUCAGUAGAUUCGUUAUACAUUACUAUUAUUUACCACGCUUGCGGAUUAUUUGCAGUAUGUGGAUCCCAGGUUCAGAAAACUGCAGAAAAUAAUUUUGUCGAGAAAAAUGGCACUAACAUAAGCAAUAUUGGAUACGAUGCUUUCAAAGAAUGCGUGAUGAUGCAUUAUAAAUGUCUUCAGUCUGUAUAG